AUGUCUCUGCUGGGGAGGAUCGGUGAUCAGGAUGUGAAGGAUGUUCAGACAGCCGUGCUGCAGGUUCUUCAGGAGGAGCCGGUAGAUCCACAGAAGGUUUCAUUAUGUGGCGGAUCGCACGGAGGUUUAAUCUCCUGCCACCUGAUUGGACAGUACCCUGAUUUCUACAAAUCCUGUACUGUCCGCAAUCCUGUGACCAACAUCACAACAAUGGCCGGAUCAACAGACAUCCCGGACUGGUGUUAUGAGGAAUCCGGCUAUACAUACUCCUACCAAACCCUCCCCAAUGGGGCCCAUCUGGAGGAAAUGUUAAAGAAAUCCCCCAUCAUAUAUAUAUCU